GCUUACAUGUUGAGGAGCUUCACGGACGACCAACAUGAAUGGCACAGCGAGGACCGCGAACGGCGUCGGAGGGCCGAUGCAUCAGUACGGUGGGCCAUCUAAACGUACAAAAGCUGUUGCUGUUGAGGAGGAUGCAACGAAGCUGCAAUUUGGAGACUUUGCUGAUGGGGAAGCUCUGACACCAAUGGAUGUAAAGACAGUUCUGGAAGCAGUGAGAUCGGCACCUGGUGCUCCACCAGCUCCGGACAACAAAGUUUACAAAGCAGCCUCAGAAUACAUCAAUCAAUUCUCAAAUGCGUCGACAGAAAUGGUAGAGUCUAUGCGGACAGCACUUUCGGCUCGACCUGGGUUUCUCAACAAGUUUGAGAUUGCUCAAAUCAUGUAUCUCCGCCCGUCAACCCUGAUAGAGGCUGUGACGCUGAUACCGAGUCUGGAACGGUAUCAUAACGGAGACGAAGACCAGCGGAUCCUGGAACAACUACUCGAGGACAUAAAAUUGAUGGCGAGAUACAACAGCCGGGCCUGAUCUCGCAAGGUCAACAGCAGGACAAUGGUUGAUC